CACCGCUUAAUCUUAGCUACGUUUUUUUUUUUAUCAAAUCUCAUCGGAUGGAAGAAAACGUAACAACUGUAUUUUUAUUAUAUACACUGUUAUAUUGCUUUUUUGCGAUUUGUGUUAUCGCACCACCAACUGAAUUAGUUUCAGCAGGAUUCUCUAUUCAGAAUGUGUUUUCAAACUAUUUAGGCAGCCAAGAUCUUCACUUUAUAAUCUACCAUCAACGUAGGACAGCGAUAACAUUGGUCAUUCAUUCUAUCUUACCACUUGGAUAUUAUGUUGGGCUGAGCUGUUUGGUGGAUAGCCAUCUUCAUUUUGACUUGGAUGAUUUAACGUCAGGAUGGAUGAUAUAUUUGAUUCUGGCCACUAGCUUCCCAAUUGCUACUCUUACCCUGUUUUACUACUGGUCAUUAAAUAAUUGGGAUCAACACCCUGUAGCUAAACAGUUGCAACUGUUAACAGAAAAUGGUUCAUCUUGGCAUGAUAUUGCUUCCUCCAUUAAUGUGGAAUUUCGGAGACCAGAUAAAUUUACAUCAGGUUCAAUGGCACGUCGAGUAAUUGUAACUGAUUCUUGGAUUAUGAAAACUUCUACAUACCAUGUGUAUAUCGCUCAUCAAAAUGAUAUUCAUCUUAGCCUUGCUAGCAGUGAAGAACAUCAAAUGUCUUAUGAAUCAAUGUCUACUGUUCAGUACCUUAACAUUAACAUUAUACCCAACAAUGCAGCUAUUAAACCCUUUACUAUCAGAUUAAAUUCUUUAGAAUAUGGUGAGUUGAGAGGGAAGUUAAGAGCUCCUCUUCUGAAUGCCCGCAAUAUCAUUAUUCAUCAGUCAUUGAGUGAUCAGUUCCUUGUUGCUUUUCAAAAUGAAGUAGAAAAAAAUCCUGUGUAUGUUUUGUCUCCAGAAACAGUAAGUGAACUUUCACACAACCUAUCUACUUACUCAUAUAUGCACAUAAGCCACGGGGCAUAUUCUAAAUACAUGCUUAUUUUCAGAUUUUCAAGCAACAAUGUUGGGGCCAAUUUAAUUCAUGCCUCAUAAUUUAUGAAGUAUUAU